AUGGCACUCAACACCAGCAACGACAUCGAGAUGAACCCCCUCGGCCGGCUUCACAGCUCCGCAGGCACAAGCAGCUUCUCAACCCACGGCGGUCGAAACCCCUCCGACGCCGGCACCAGGCCCAGCUCCAGCCGCACCGGCCCCCACCGCAAUCACAGGAACAACAACAACAACGGCGGCAGCGGGAUGCAAGCCCGCUUCAACAACUUCAUCGACAGCUUCCGGCGCGAGGACGGCACCGGCGCCGGCAGGGGCAGCAGCUCCUCACGCUUCUCCAUCCACACCAGCCACGCCGACGCCGACACAACCCACGACGAACCCUUCAGCAGCGGGACCCCCGCGGUGCGCAACCACCACGGCGAGCGGUACUACGACCUGCGCACGGCCAACACCAAGACGGCCAGCACGCUGCUGGCGCGCGAGCUCAAGGGCCGCCACCUGCAGAUGAUUGCCAUCAGCGGGUCGAUCGGGACGGGGCUGUUUGUCGCUUCCGGCAAGGCGCUCAGCCAGGGCGGGCCGGCGUCCGUGCUGCUGGCGUAUUUGGUCGUGGGUGUGAUGCUGUGGUGUACCGUGCAGGCGCUGGGGGAGAUGGCCGUGGUGUUUCCUGUGGCCGGGUCGUUUGCGGCGUAUUCGACGAGGUUUUUGGAUCCGAGUUGGGGGUUUGCGAUGGGCUGGAACUACGCCCUGCAAUGGAUCGUUGUUCUCCCCCUGGAGAUCAUCGCUGGCGCGCUGACCAUUGGGUAUUGGAAUCCAGCGUUGGACCCAUCCAUUUUUGUGACUAUUUUCCUCUUCGUCAUUGUUCUUAUCAACCUGGCGGGUAUAAAAGGCUACGGCGAAGCCGAGUUCAUAUUCGCCAUCGUCAAAGUUACCGCCGUUGUCGGGUUCAUCAUCGCCGACGCCUCCGCCAGCCCCUUCGUCCUCGCCAUCGAGAGCGCCGGCGCCACCAUCCUCCCCUCCAUCAUGAACGGCGUCAUCCUCGUCUCCGUCAUCUCCGUCGGCAACUCCUCCGUCUUCGGCUCGUCGCGCACCCUGGCGGCCCUCGCCGAGCAGGGCCAGGCACCACGCAUAUUCGCCUAUGUCGACCGCCGCGGCCGCCCCCUCGUCGCGGUGCUCACCGUCUCGGCGGUCGGUCCGCUUGCGUACCUGGCUAACUCGGACCGCCACGGCCCCGUGUUUGAUUGGUUGCUGGCAGUCAGCGGGCUGAGCACCGUGUUUACGUGGGCGAGUACGUGUCUGGCGCAUGUGAGACUGCGUAAGGCGUGGGCGUACCGCCGGCGGGAGGUGGGCGAGAUGCCGUUCAAGGCACAGGCGGGGGUGUUGGGGAGUUGGCUGGGGUUCGCGUGUAAUUGUUUGGUGCUGGUUGCGCAGGUGUGGGUGGCCAUUGCGCCGCUGCCGAGGGAUGAUGGCGAGGAGUGGGAUGUGAGUAGCCGGGCGCAGAACUUUUUUGUGCAAUGUCUUGCGCUGCCGGUGGUGUUGGUGUUUUGGCUGGGCCAUAAGAUUUGGUUUCGGACGGGGUUUGUAAGGGUGGAGGAUAUGGAUAUUGAUACGGGGAGGAGGGAUUUUGGGAGGCUGGGGGCGAUCAAGGCGCAGGAGGAGGAGGAGAGGCAGAGCUGGCCGAAGUGGAAACGUUUUUAUCGUUUUAUCUGCUGA